UUUGAAUUGAUUUCUUUUUUAGAUUAAGUUGUAGAUACUAGGUAUUAAUAAUAAGUAAUAAAUACUCUUGUAGGCUUAGGGAGUCCAAUAUUUUCAUUUGUGAAGAUUAAUAGGUAAAGCUAUCAUCAUAACACCAGUCCUGGAAACCUCAUCGCCAAAAAUGCCAGCAGUUACUUCUACAACUGCUGAAGAUCAAAAUGAAGCGGAACAAAAAAUGUGGAAUGCUCUCAAGCGAUAUAUUAUACGUGAAAGACAGAGAAGAAAAGAAGAAUAUGAGGCUGAGGUGGAAGAAGAAAGAUUACGUAAAGAACGUGAAGCCAGGGAAAGACAGGAUGUUAUGACUUUGGAGGAAACAAAAGAGCAGAUAGAACAAUUGGAGCAAAAGCUCAAACAAUUAGAAAAGGAGAAACAACAACUGUUCAUGCAAUUGAAAAGGGUGUUGAAUGAAGAUGAGGUUAGAAAGAGACAGCAACAAAAGGAGGCUAAUGAAAUGCAACCAAUGAAAAUGCCUCUAGGUAAUAUACAAAUGCCAAUGUUUUCGAUGCCAUCAUCACAGCAAGGGCAAGGGGAACCCCCACAGAACCAGGGUCGACCCUCGCAUCUCAAUUCUCAUAACAUGCUUAAUAAGAAAAACUACUCAAAGUACAAAUUGUUUCCACAACAGCAAACUAUUGUCCGUGCCCCUAUACAGUCGGGGGUUAAGCGGCAACGGAGCCCGUCGCCGACGUACGCUCUGUAUGCGCAUCGGUUGCACCAACCGUCUAUGAAACAACACGCUGUUUAUUCUGAUCAUAAAGUAGAGGAUGGCCGAAUGGGCCGACAAAUGGCUCGAGCUGUACUAUGGAACAAAACGUCGCAAUACGCGUCCAACGUGAGCGGGUCGUCUGGCGCGUACUACGCGAUGCCAACCUCAGGCGUAGUGGGCGUGGUCACUGAACGACCGCCGCCAUUGCUAUACGCACACCAUGCGCAUACGCCGCAUACACCACACACCCCGCAUACGCCACACCAUACGAAUCUAAUGUAUGCGCCGGCGCCACAACCGCAGCUGUACUUGGAUAUGCUGAAGAACAGGGAGGGUCAGCAACACAAUGAACAGAAGAAGGAAUCUCAGGCGCCACAAGUACUAAUCGGUCUAAGUGAAGCUCACCAUCCAGCGGUGAGCAGCGGUGUGGUGUACGCACAGCCACCUGCUUCGAGACACAUUUCGAUACAUCCACCGCAACAUAAUAAUAUACAGACGGCGAAACCAGGCAGUAUAACUCAAGGAUACCCAGUACAACAAUCCAACCCAAAUGUGCAGAACCCCAACAUAUAUCCAAACAGACAUCGUUAUUAGCUAGUAAUUGUUAAACAACACGCAAAAAAACAAAAACCAUAGAACUAUUGAAAAAAAGGUUCAUUAAUCAUCUGAAACAGUAUUGGAAAAAAAACUAGUGUUUGUUUGUGCAGUGUUGUUCAGUGGAUAUGACGGUGAAAUAAACGAUUUUGUAUAAAGAAGUAUUUUUUGUUUAAAAUAAUGUUGUUUUCAAUCGAUUAUAUCAGCACCAAACAAAAUUACAGGUGCUAAAUGUUUAAUUAAUUUUGUCAUGUAAAUACAGAAUACAGAUACGAAAUACAGAAUAUAUUUUAUUGUAAGUUAUCUUUAGGCUAUUUUAUUUAAAUCUGUUGUAAUAUAAUUCCCUAAUCCUGUUAUUAUUUUUUGUCUCAUACGUUAAAUGAAGUAUAAAUGUAUUGUAGAAAUAGGCUUUUGUGAGCUGGUGGCAGAAAAUAAAUUUUAUAAAAGA